GGAGUGCGUGGCAGGUAGGCACAUCACGUGGGAUGGGUGGGAAAUGUCGAAAUGAUUGGGGCUUGGACAUUUGACCACAUACUGUCAACGGAAUGAAGAUGGGCGAUUACGGACUCUGACCAACCACCGGAACGUUUGCGGCCCGGCGAGCACCCCGCUUCCUCUGCAUUACCCCAGAUCUCUGGAACGUGUAGGUAGCUCGGGCAGUUGACGAUGGAGCUUAGCUCCGGUAGGCUUUAUAUAAGAAACGCCUGCUCAGCUUAACGCGCGGCGCUUUCGAAGUCCUUCUUACCAGCCCAUACCGCCGUUCAACUGACGAAACCACUCAAAAUGUCGGCGAAAGAUAUGAGAAUCUUUCCCCCUAGCGGGAUCGAGAUGCUGAUCGUUGGUGGCGGGAUUGCGGGGCUCACUUUGGCGAUCGAGUCGUACAGGAAGGGCCACAAAGUGCGCGUGAUUGAACGACGAGACAAUUUCGACGGCCUUGGGGAUAUCUUCGGUAUCAGUGGUCCCGCCUUCCGGAGUCUGUUGAACUGGCCCGGGUUUUAUGAUCGGCUGCUUUCUCAAGCGCUGAGACCGGAGAUCCAUUUCUAUAAAUAUGACGGCUCGUGGAUUUACGACAUGCCCGGUUUAGAAGUCAACGGCAGACUCCUCGGGUUCAUGCUCAGUCGAGCCCACAUGCAUGACUGUCUGUUUGAAUAUGCGAAAGAACUGGGAAUACCUAUUACGUUUUCCCAGCAGGUCGUCGAAUACUCCGAAGACGCGGAAAGAGGUUUCAUAAAGCUUUCGGAUGGGUCGGUGCUUAGUGCAGACAUUAUUGUCGCCGCUGAUGGAGUUGGAUCCCAAUCACAUACUCUGAUCUCCGGCCGCAAGACACAGCCUAUUAGUAGUGGGUAUGCCUUAUACCGAGCCACCUUUAAUCUCCAGGAUGCGCUAGCAAAUCCUGCCGUCAGGGCCUUCUGGGGAGACAAGCCGGAGUACGUUAGUAUCUUUAUCGGGCCUGAUGUGCACAUCGUCAUGGGAAGAAAUGACGCGAGAAAUACCAUGUGCUGGUUGCUAACCCACAAAGACACUGACAAUACCUCGCGGGAGUCGUGGUCUGCUACGACCAGGGCCUCCAAUGCGCUGAAAUUCGUGGCCCCUGAACUUGGUUGGACAGAACACAUCCGCGCGCUGAUCAGAUCGACCACGAAUGACGAGUGUAUCGACUGGAGGCUCAUGUGGCGCGAUCCACAGCCGGUAUGGCACUCUCCCCGAGGCCGUGUGAUUCAGGCCGGGGACUCGUGCCAUCCCUUCUUACCAUCAUCGGGGAGCGGAGCGGUGAUGGCUAUGGAGGAUGCGUACUCGUUGGCAGCAUGUUUGCAGCUUGCCGGAAAAGAGGGAAUUUCUUUGGGAGUCCGGGUACAUAACAGGCUGCGUUUCGAGCGUGUUGCGUGUGCCCAAAAGAUGGGAUUCAAGGCGCGUCACACCUGGCAUCAGGGAAACUGGGACGAGAUCCAUCGAAACCCAGCGGCGGUACUGCGCACCAUGGGGAAAUGGCUCUUCAUGCACGACGCAGAGGGCUAUGCGUACGAGAACUUUGGCAAGUGCCUCGGCGAGAUUCUGAAUGGUGCCCGUUUCGAAAACACCAACAUUCCUCCGGGGUACAUGUACAAGCCAUGGACGGCACAGGAGCUAGUGGACAAGAGUGCUGCUGGAGAAGAUAUCUUGGAUGAAGGGGACUGGUCGUGAGGCUCACCUUUGCUUUCACACGGUUGCGGUGACCUCGUAAGAGGCAUGGCUCGUCGGGACUGUAGAUCAACGUUAUACCGAAAUAGGGAGGGCCAAACCAAAGAGGAGAACAGAGACGGGGCACGGCGAAAAGAUUUGUCGAGCGACAGGCGUUGACAGCAGUUAUUAUAUGAAAAGGUAGAGGCAGUCUCUGUAGCAGAGCCAUAGCGUUUGAUAGCAUCGAGGCAUAGCAGUUGCGAAUGUCUAAAAGCCCCAAACUGAGAGCUGAAAGUCCAAAAUCAGAUCCCCCCAAAGUUUUGUCUGAUUUGGGACCUGAAGCAGGGAUCCAGCGUGGUGGGUGUGUCGCAAGAUGCCCCUGUUGGUUUCUACUGCCACCUAACAUUCCUUUCACUGCCCCCUACCCCUGGGCUAGGCCUAAUCAGGAC